AUGUCCUAUUCCGUUAUUUCUCAAACCACUUCCUACCGCAGAAGGAGCAGCAUCGCUUCUUCCACUUCCACUAAUGCCUCCUAUCCACCGCCUGAACUACAGCUCCUGAACUCUGAAGCCCCUUACCUCCCUCCUAGCCCCGAAUCUCGACCUGUCCAGACAGAAUAUUCACCAACCGAUCGUGUAAUGUCUAUGCUCAAAUCCAGUGUUCUUUCGGGUACAUCUUAUGAAAUGGUUGGCGAUAGCUCGGAUGAGGAGGGUGAUUUGAGGAGUGGAAGGGGGGCUCAGGGGAGCGAUGCUACGGGUGAUAACAGGAGGACCAAUGGCAGGAGAGACAGUGGAGAUAUGGAUAGAGAGGCGGACGAAGCUUUCAGUGGAAUGGGCGGAGAGGGAAUCGUUGGUUCUAGAGUUAGCGUGUCGGAUCCCCCUCAUUCAAAGUCCGACUCAGCAUCGCAAGGGGCCACUUCCUCGGUCAGCUACGGUGACCACCGGACCGAAUUGGAGAUUGCGGAGCGUGAUUUGAGACUUGAAUUGCAUUUGGAUGGUCGUGCGGAUAUUAGUUCUCCACAAAGGGGAGAUGUCUCAGAUCCUCAGACAGCUAGGGGUGUGCACCGCCCUUACCAACACCAUAUCCCCAGCGGGAGUCGCUCUUCCCAUCAAUUACCCCCUCUACCAGUGUCCGCAGGUAUCUUGGAUCCGGAAGAUCAAGCCUUUGGCUUCACCGCAUCGCCGGAAGACGUCCACCCAGCUUUUCGGCCUUCACAGUCGUAUCCCGAGCUUCCACUCCCUCCAAAAGCUGACCACGCGAGAGAGCAGCGCGAGUACAGACCUGCAACAUCCGCAACCAAUAUUGGAGAUCUAUUCGAGGAUUUCGACGGAGUCCAUUUCGAUUUAGACCACCCCAAUAAUCGGUUUUCGGUAGCACCACCACCGCCCCCUCAUCGACAUAGACAGCGUCAGAGCCAACACUCUAUUCACCCAACCUCACCACACUCGGAUUCUCAAGGCUCAUCGAACCUGGUAUUUUAUCCGGCUCCGGUUCCUGCGAUGCUAAAUCUUCCCCCUACGCUAUCUAAACCUAAAUCAACUGCAAAUAAUAGGCAUUCCCGUCAUAUCCCCGAUAAUGCCGACCCCACCGACAAUCGUCGUUCGGUGGCUUAUUCUGUAGCAGGAGCACCAGGUCACGUUCCGGACAAGGACCUUCACCGUCGCUCAGUUGCCACCUUGGAUCAAGCUGCCAAUCGCCGCUCAAUAGCCAAUCUGCCACCUGCCUUGAGAGCCUCUCAAUUCUUCGAUAUUCCAACAAUUCCCCAGAUUGAAGUCAAGGAGGAUUCUGCAGUUGCUACGCUUGAUAGUAUCCUCGAUGCCUCCGCAAAGGCUCCUCCAGCCGCAUUCACCGAUCACCCGAUUGCUGGUGGGGCCGUGCCCUAUGGACCUAAGGGGAAUAGAUCUUCAAUGCAUCUUCCCAGUGGGCCAAACAAUAAUUAUCGUAAUAGUGUGGCUAUAACGGUUAAGCUACAUCCUGGAGAGAGCCCCAGGUCUUCUAUGGAGGACGAAAUUCAUGAAGACGCUCGGAGUCAUCUUAACCCUGAAACCAGCGAAUAUUACGAUCCUGGUAACCAACAUCGGCACUCCGGGAUAUCGGAGGACUUUGCACCUCAGCCCGAUCCAGAUCUUGGCGGUGGUCUACCUACAACCCUACUCGCCGAGCUCGAAUCUCGUAAAGCCCAGCAGCGGCUUCGGAAUCGAACGGCAGCUAGCGCCUUCCCGGGUGGUAUUCGCAGCACCCUUCUACAGCUCGACGCCGUGGCACAAGUACAGAAGGAGGCAAGAUCGAGAAAAAAGACGCAUCUAGCAUGGGAGGACCCUGGUGAUGUGGAUGAGGAUGAUGAUCAAGAUGGAGAUGUCCCUCUUGGAUUGCUCUAUACAGUGGCUCCUGGUGCACAGACGCGUCGUGAUGACGAGGUUCCGCUCGGCCUUCUCAUGAAAAAGCAAAUGGAAGAUGCGGAGCCACUUAGCAAACGUCGAGAACGUCUCCAAGGGCAAAACGGACACGUAGUGCAGCCUCAACCAAGAAGAUUCCUCGACCUACCCGGCCUAGGCGGAGGAUCACAGACUAGCGCAGCGGAUGCGGAAGAGGAAGUUGAAGGAGAGACACUGAAGGACCGAAUGAAGCGUCUCAAGGAGAGGAAGGAGUUUGGUACCGGCACUCUAGGAAUGGAAUUCACUAGUCCAAGCGAAGGAAAUGGUUCUACAGCCAAGCAAGAACCAGCGCCCCCGGCCACGGAAGAAACUCUCGCUCAGCGUAGGAGGCGCUUGCAGCAACAGGAAGCGACCAAGCACGAGAGUUCGCUCCUACAACAGGAAGUCCGUAAUAGACGUAACAUGAUGGACCUCCUCUACCGCGCCAACAACCGUCCGCAAAGCUACUACUCCCAGGCGGGGAACAACGCGGGAUACAUACAACCGCAACCGCAAAUGGGCGGGUUGAUGGGCAACCAGUACAAUAUGCAGAUGGGCCGGGGGAUGCCGAUGCCUAUGCAGAUGCAAAUGCCUAUGCCGAUGAACAUGGGUGGGACUGGGGAGGCUAUUCUUGACCCUAAACAGCGGGAAGUGGUAGAAAGGUGGAGGGCCAGUGUCAUGUAAAUUGCGUUUAUUUUCACGAUUUUUGUCAAUUGGCUCUUUUUUCUUCUUGUCUCCUUUAUUUUUUUAUAUCAAUUCUUACUUGGAUGCCAAUGUUGUUUUAAAUUUUGCCCUUUUUUCCCUCUCUCCCGCUUGACAUGGCAGGCACGGCAAAUCCUUCCGCCCCUGUCGGUCCUUUGGAUGCGGUGCAUAGCGUGGAUGCAAGUUCUUAUGUAAAGUAGAUUUAUCAGUUACUAUCAAUGGAUCAAUUGAUCAAGUGCAA